AUGUUCUUGAGCAAAAGGGGCCGAGGGCCCGGAUCCGGACCCGGCAAACCCGGAGGACCCGGAUCCGAAUGGCGGAUCAAGGCACGGCUCUUGGAAGACAUGGCCAGCCGCCAUGUGGAGCUGAGUGGCGUGAGCUUCAGCAUGUGCAUCAGUGCCAGCCGCUGGAAGAACGCCCGGCACCUGCUACAAGAGAUGCCACAGGCCUUGUUGCAGCAGAACAUCAUCACCGCCGGCGCCUGCCUAUCCUGCUGCGAGCGGGCGUCCCAAUGGCGGCCAGUCCUCGCCAUGUUGUUGGCUCUCCAGGAAGAAGAGGUACAGCCCAGCACGAUUGCCUACAACACUGCCCUCAGCGCUUGCAAGUGCUGCUGGCAGCGUGCAAUCGAUUUGGCUCGAGUGGGAGGCGUGCGACUGGACACCAUCUCUUACAACUCCCUGAUGCACGCAGCUCGCUGGCAGCGCGCGCUGUCCUUGCAGGGCUGUCUGCGAGAGAAAGGCCUACAGGAGAGCACUACAAGUUGCAAUACGAUUCUUGCAUGCACAGGCAACUGGGAGAGCGCAGUGCUCACCUUUGCAGCUGCCGCCUCUUCCGGCUUGGAGCUGGACACCAUCUCGCGGAACUCGGUGAUGAAUGCGUGCAAAGUUUCCUCCUGGGCUUUGGCGGUGUACCUCGCAGAGUUGCCGUUGGCUGACACUUUUACUUGCGCCACUGCCGCUGCCGCAAUGGGUCGAACUACGCCGACGCCCUCGUGGCGAAGUGCGUUGGCUCUUUGCGGGAAGCUGAGCAUGCGCCGCGUGCCAGAGAGCACCGUUGCCUUCAAUGCACUCAUCUCCGUGUGUGAUCUCUGCGGGCAGUGGCCAAUGGCCUUGGCCCUGCUGAACCUCUGCCGCGCAAAGUCGCUGGCGGACACGGUGACCUACUCCCAGGCGAUCUCCGCCUGCGAGGAGGAGGCGGCCUGGCAGGCGGCCCUGCAGGUCUUGCAGCACCAGGAGGCCGAGGUCAAGACAGACGUGAUCACUUACAAUGCCUCUAUCAGCGCCUGUGGCCGUGGGAGCCAGUGGCAGCGUGCGCUUAGUCUUUUGAAGACCCUCAGGAAGAAGCUGCAACCCACAGUCAUCAGCUGGAAUGCAGGCAUCAGUGCUUGCGAGCCAAGCGGUCAGUGGCAAGUAGCAUUGCUGCUUCUGGAUGAGCAUCAGCAAGAAAGGGUGGAGUCAGACAUCGUCACCUACAGCACUGUGAUAAGCUGCUGCGAGAAAGCUCGGCAGUGGCAAGCUGCCUGCCAUGUCCUGCAGCUGCUGCUGGGCUCCUCGAUUUCCCCGAGCUCGGUGCCCUUCAGCGCGGCCAUCAGCGCCUGCGAAAAGACCCUUCAGUGGCAGCUGGCCCUGGUUUUGCUCCACCAGUGGAGGCCAAGCCUAGUGGCUUGCAAUGCGGCGAUCAGCGCAUGCGAGAAGUGCCAGCGAUGGCGCCAGGCUUUGGCACUGCUCGCAGACAUGGAGACGAGGCCUUGCAGCCGGACGUCGUAA